UGCCCUUGAUGCCUUAGUUUUAUAUUUUAUAUUCCACAUAGGCAUAGAAUCUACACUGGUUCUGUGGAUCUUACAUCAUUCUCUUUCCACAGUUAGAGAAUAUGCUAGAAAAUAUUACUGUGUUUAAAAGUGUCUUAUUGAAUAUUUCAGGUCACUCAUAAAUCAGUCAGUUCUCUUAACUCUCUUAUUUCAUCUUGGAUCAAGUGAUGAAGACUGCCCGUGGCCACAUGGUCAAUGUGUUAAUUAUUUUUAUUUCAGGGACUGCUGACAUUCAGGGAUGUGGCCAUAGAAUUCUCUCUGGAGGAGUGGGAACACCUGGACUCAAAUCAGAAGAAUUUGUAUGGGGAUGUGAUGUUAGAGAACUACAGAAACCUGGUUUGUCUGGGCCUUGCUGUCUCUAAGCCGGACCUGAUCACCUUUUUGGAGCAAAGGAAAGAGCCCUGGAAUGUGAAGAGUGCAGAGACAGUAGCCAUCCAGCCAGAUAUAUUUUCUCAUGAUACUCAAGCCCUCUUGAGAAAGAAGUGCAUAGAAGCAUCAUUCCAAAAAGUGAUAUUGGAUGGAUAUGGGAGCUGUGGACUUCAGAAUUUACACUUAAGGAAAGAGUGUGAAAGCGACGAGAAAAAUCAGUACAAUAAAUCUGAUGCAACAUUAAGCCAAGGCAUAAGCCCUAGAAGACAUCAGAAAACUCAUUUUCUACAGAACCAUUACAAAUGUAAAAAAUGUGAGAAAGUCUUUCAUGAAUGCACCAACCAUAUCCAUCAGAGUAUCCAUAUUCAAGAGAAGUCUGCCAAAUGUAAUAAGUGUGUAGAAACUUUUAUCCAGUCAUCAAAUACUCAGCCUCAGAGAAUCCACAUUGGAGAAAAGUCACACAGACGUAAUAAUGGUGAGAAAAUCCUUAGUAAAUUGUCGAGUCUAAGAAAACAUAAGAUAAUCCAUAAUGAAGAGAAACCUUACAGAUGUAGAGAAUGUAAGAAGGUUUUUAACUAUAUUUCACACCUUACUCAACAUCAAAGAAUUCAUACUGGAGAGAAACCCUACAAAUGUAAAGAAUGUGGGAAAGCCUUCAAUUCUAGUUCAUAUUUUAAUAGCCAUCAGCGAAUUCACACUGGAGAAAAACUUUACAGGUGCAAAGCAUGUAGCAAAUGUUUUACUCAUUCUUCAAAUCUUCUUGUGCAUCAGAGAAUUCAUACUGGAGAGAAACCUUACAAAUGUAAAGAAUGUGGUAAAUCAUUUAGACUAUCUUCAGUCCUUACUCAACAUGAGAGAAUUCAUACUGGAGAGAAACCCUACAAAUGUAAAGAAUGCAGCAAAGCCUUUAACUGUAGGUCUUACCUAACUAAACAUCAGAGAAUUCAUACAGGAGAAAAACUUUACACAUGUAAAUCAUGUAGCAAAUCUUUUUCCCGUUCCUCAAGUCUUAUUGUCCACCAGAGAAUUCAUACUGGAGAAAAACCCUAUAAAUGCAAAGAAUGUGGCAAAGCCUUUAAUUGCAGUUCACGCCUUACUCGACAUCAAGAAAUUCAUACUGGAGAGAAACCGUACAUAUGUAAAGAAUGUGGCAAAGCCUUUAACUGUAGUUCAUACCUAACUAAACAUCGUAGAAUUCAUACUGGAGUAAAACUUUACAAAUGCAAAGCAUGUAGCAGAUCUUUCUCUUGCUCCUCAACCCUUACUCGACAUGAGAAAAUUCAUACUAGACAAUCUCUAUAGUUGUAGUAAAUGUGGAAAGAGUUUUAUCCAAAAUUUAGAACUUAAAAAUUACCAUAGAGUUUAUAGGGAAACAGACUUUAUAGACUGAAUAAAUGGGAGGAAGUAUUUAAUCAACACUCAAGUCUGAAUGUGUCAAAACUUACCCAAAAAAGGACUAAAGCACAGAUCCUCAGACUUUAAAUUAAAUAACAAGAGUAUUUAUUACAGAGAAUUACUCUAAAGCCAAAGCAGUUAUUUAUUUUGUUUCUUAAAUUAGUUGUUACACCUUAAUGCCUAGUUUAUAUAAAAACAUAUAGUCUAUUUUUUCUGCAUCAGAGCUGUGAGAGGUCAUUCUAGGGUAGAUGAAUAUCAUUAAUAUCAAUUUAUUUUCAUGGAAGUUUAAUGGCAAAUAUAAAAUGCAUAAAGAAAAUCUAAAAGAUGCUCUUUGUGUUUAAAUUAUAAAACAGUAAUGCAUGUAAGCAUAUACUACAUAUUUAGGGCAUUAUUAUUCUAUGCUAAAGCAAAAGAGGAAUAGUCUGAAUUUAUUAAUUACAUCAGUUGCCCGUUAAGUAGAAGAAAACUGAUCAGUUAUUUAAAAUACUGGCAUACCAUUAUAAUACAGUGAAGUAGUAAUCUUGGAUAUUAUUUGAUGUGUUAAAAAUGUCUUCACAGAUAUGAGAGAAAAGUGAAAACUUGUAUCUGAAAGAUCGUAAAUAUACCUCAUAUCAAUUUUCAAGAGGACUUUAAUAUUGAUAGUAUUCUCAUAGUUACUAUAUUGUAUUCUUUCCUGCUUUUUGUAGCUACUAGUGUACUAAAGCAGCUAUAAUAAAGAUUAUAUGGGAGUAUACUUAAAAGCCAUACAUUUAAAAUCUUGAAUCACUAUUUUUAAAAUUAUAUUCAAUAGUUUUCUUUAUACAUGCCCUUUUUCAAUCCAAUUGAACACUUACAGAUUUUUCUUGGCUUUGACUUACAUUAAAUGGAAUAUACAGAUAUAUCAAGAUAGAAAGAAAAAGGUGUAAGAGAACUAUACCAGCAGAAAUGCAUGUGUGUGCACCUAUCUUCAAAUGGAAAAGAAAAUCAUGGAUCACAACAGGAAAUUUGAGAACUGUUGAUUUACUACCAAACUAGAAAAUUCACAAAUUCUCAAAGCAGAAUAGUUUCUCUAUAGUACGCUGAAAUUUUCUCUCAUAAAUCUGAUGUCUUCUGGGUUCAAAGUCUAUCCCAUACAAAUCCUUUUUUCUUGCCUAUGAUUCAUGUAAGAAUAAUUAUAUGAUUUUCUUAUUUCAAAGCUUAUAAAAUGUUGCUUAUAUGU